AUGAGAGCUUCUAUAGCUGCCGUUUUUGUCACUGCAAUACUUCAAUCUGUACCUGCGUCUGGAAACUUCCAACUGGAGGUGCAGGUUGUACGUGUCCGUGACUCUGUUGAUGACUGUGGAGGGGGGAUUGAUGUGUGUCGCCUGUACAUCGAUGAGAUGUGUCUGGACCCCCAGUUUGAGGAGCCAGGCUCCGAGGAGGAGGAUCAAGAUUGCUCUUUGAUAGAGAAUGGAAAUGAUCUGGAUCUAGAAAGUGGGCUUCCUAAGACUAGAACACUAUCUGUGACAAACCAGCCUUGGCCUGUCGAUUUUCGCCUGCGUAUUGAAGUCAUGGACAUUGAUACUUUCAACAAUGACGAGCACAUUGAGGAUGUAGUGGUUCUGGAGUCCCUCAACACCAGUUCAGAGUUCAGUGAAGAAAUGGACUACAGAAACACUCCUGAUGGGAGGAUCACUCUGAGCAUGAGGUUCAGAGUCCGGUGUAGUGGAGGGUACGAGGGUCCCCACUGUGACUGCCUCCCUCACAAUGAUGACGUCAGUGGUCACUACAGCUGUCGGGAAGACGGAGGGAUCUCUUGUCUCCCUGGAUACACCAACACCUCCAACCUCUGCAGACAACAAGGCAAGUGGGAAAAAAUCAACCCCACCUCUUACACCUGUGAGCCACCACCAACUUCCCCCACCACUGCCACCACUUUCUCCCCUACCACUUCCCCCACCACCACCAGAGAUAACUGCAACUGUGCAACUGGCAUGAAAUGCAUUGUACCUGCGUCUGGAAACUUUCAACUGGAGGUGCAGGUUGUACGUGUCCGUGACUCUGUUAAUAACUGUGUAUGGGGGUUUGAUAAGUGUCGCCUGUACAUCGAUGAGAUGUGUCUGGACCCCCAGAUCGAGGAGCCAGGCUCCGAGGAGGAUCAAGAUUGCUCUUUGAUAGAGUAUGGAAAUAAUCUGGAUCUAGAAAGUGGGCUUCCUAAGACUAGAACACUAUCUGUGACAAACCAGCCUUGGCCUGUUGACUUUCGGCUGCAUGUAGAAGUUGUAGACUAUGAUUCUCUUAGCAGUGAUGAUCACAUUGAGGACGUGGUGGUUCUGGAGUCCCUUGACACCAGUUCAGAGUUCAGUGAACAGAUGGACUACAGAAACACUCCUGGUGGGAGGAUCACUCUGAGCAUGAGGUUCAGAGUCCAGUGCAAUGAAGGGUACGAGGGUCCCCACUGUGACUGUGUCCCUCACAACGAUGACGUCAGUGGUCACUACAGCUGUCGGGAAGACAGAGGGAUCUCCUGUCUCCCUGGAUACACCAACACCUCCAACCUCUGCCGACAACAAGGCAAGUGUGAAAAAAUCAACCCCACCUCUUACACCUGUGAGCCACCACCAACUUCCCCUGCUACUCGCACCUUUUUCUCCCCUACCACUUCCCCCACCGCCAGAGAUAACUGCAACUGUGCAACUGGCAUGAAAUGCAUUGAGGAAGAUGGUGGCUACAGGUGUGUGUGUCCGGAAGGAGAGAACUGCUCAACUCCGGGACCCUCUACAGCUGCUCCUCAUCAACAGAGUGGAGAGACUUCGUCCAGCAUGCCUCCUGCUGUCAUUGGUGCAAUAGUAGCCAGUCUCCUGGUGGCACUACUGCUCUGUGCAGUGGUGGUAAUAGUCGUCAUUGUGUGUAUCAUACUGAGGAAAAAGAGACAGCAACAAGGCCCCCAAAAGAGGAGGAACUUCCAUAAGACAUCUUAUGUCUACCAGCAGUAG